AUGUGCCAAGACUCUAAUCUUGACGAACAUCACAAAGGCCCCUGCUUAACUACACCCACUAGCACCGAGGGGCCCACCACUGUGAAGCAUGAUACGGAAGAAAUCACAACACUGAAGCCAACUUCGGAGAUACCUAAAACAGAAUCUUCUACGUUAACAUUCACUAAGAAAGAAACGACGAACGUGCACUUCACCACAGAAAAACUGGCUACAAUAGAACCUACCACAGAAGAAGAGGCGACUUCGCAGUUCACCACUGACGAACUGACCACCAUUGAAUCUACCACAAGUGAAAGGACGAAUUUACAUUUCACUACAGAAGAACUAACUACAGUAAGGCCUACCACGAAAGAAACGACGAAUCAAUUCACUACAGAAGAAAUGUCUACCAUAGAACCUAGCACAAAAGAAGAGAGAACUAUGCAAUUCACUGCAGACGAACUGACCACAGUAAGACCCACCACAAAAGAAGCGACAGAUUUACAAUUCACCACGGAAGGACUGACAAGCUUAGACCUUACCACAAAAGAAGCGACAGAUUUACAAUUCACCACGGAAGGACUGACAAGCUUAGACCUUACCACAAAAGAAGCGACAGAUUUACAAUUCACCACGGAAGGACUGACAAGCUUAGACCUUACCACAAAAGAAGCGACAGAUUUACAAUUCACCACGGAAGGACUGACAAGCUUAGACCUUACCACAAAAGAAGUGACAGAUUCACAAUUCACCACGGAAGAAGUGACAAACUUAGACCUUAAUACAAAAGAAGUGACAGAUUCACAAUUCACCACAGAAGAAGUGACAAGCUUAGACCUUACCACAAAAAAAGAGACAGAUUUACAAUUCACCACGGAAGGACUGACAAGCUUAGACCUUACCACAAAAGAAGCGACAGAUUUACAAUUCACCACGGAAGGACUGACAAGCUUAGACCUUACCACAAAAGAAGCGACAGAUUUACAAUUCACUACAGAAGAAGUGACAAACUUAGACACAACCCCAAAAGAAAGAACAAACUUGCACUUCACCACUGACGAACUGACCACCAUUGAACCUACCACAAGUGAAACGACGAAUUUACAUUUCACUACAGAAGAACUAACCACGGUAAGGCCCACCACAAAAGAAACGACGAACCAAUUCACUACAGAAGAAAUGUCUACCAUAGAACCUACCACAAAAGAAGAGACAACUAUGCAAUUCACCCCAGACGAACUGACCACAGUAAGACCCACCACAAAAGAAGCGACAGAUUUACAAUUCACUACAGAAGAUCUAACUACCUUAGAGACCACCCAAAAAGAAGUAACGAACCCACAACUCACAACAGAAGAAAUGACAUCCGUUGGACCCACUACAAAAGAAGCAACGAACUUACAGUUCACUACAGAAGAACUGACCACCUUGGAACCUAUCACAAAAGAAGAGACGACCUUACAGUUCUCUACACAAGAAAUAACUUCUAUUGAACGUAGCACAAAAGAAGCGACGACCCCACACUUCACUACAGAGGAAAUGACCACUAUGAAACCUACCUCAAAAGAAGGGACGACCUUACAGUUCACCACAGGAGAACCGACCAUUAUUGAAUCUAGCCCCCAAAAAGCCAUGACCCCACACUUUACCACAGAAGAACUGACCACCGUGGAACAUAACACAAAACAAGGAACGACUUUACAGGUAACCACAGAACAAAUGACCACAAGAAAAUCAACCACACAACUGACGGGUUUCGAGACUACCGCAGGGGUUACGACUUCUUCAGGGAAUAGCAGUUUAUUUAUGCCGUUCGGUGAACAGCAGCUUAUUUUACGUCUUUCAGAGAAUAGCAGUUUAUGCCGUUCAGAGAAUAGCAGUUUAUUUUACGUCUUUCAGAGAAUAGCGGGUCAUUUUGCUCCGUUCAGAGAAUGGCAUUGUGAGUUUUCCAAAGCAGUCUGUCGUGAAAAAUCCCUUAAACAGCUCCACACGGGCAUUUGUGUAACAAGAACAGGAACCCCAUUCACUACAGAAGAACCGACAAGUUUUUCCACAGCUACAGCGAAACUAACGAGCCCUGAAGAUGUAACUCCCGACGUGACUCGCAUAGAAAACGUCACUGUGAAUUUAACAACGCCAGAUAUGACCACACCCUCGGUAGAAAUAUCUUCCCCGGUGACGACGAUGAGGCACAGAUUGUCCACCCAGGAUUUCAGACCUAUCAUCGAAGAAUUCUUUUGUACUUGGAACUGGGAUGAAGAAAUUAUGUGUGAUCCUUCGUACAAAGAUUAUACCUGUGGUAGCGAUCGUCGAACUUACAGAACGCGGUUACAACACACUUGCUUUUCUUCUUCUUUUCUUCUUCUUCUUCUUCUUCUUCUUCUUCUUCUUCUUCUUUUCUUCCUCCUCCUCCUUCUUCUUCUUCUUCUUCUUCCGCCUUCUUCCCCUCCUCCUCCUCCUCCUCCUUCUUCCUCUUCUUCUUCUUCUUCUUCUUCCGCCUUCUUCUUCUUCCGCCCUCUUCUUCUUCUUCUCCUCCUCCUUCUUCUGCCUUCUUCUUCUUCUCCUCCUCCUUCUUCUUCUUCUUCCGCCUUCUUCUUCUUCUCCUCCUCCUUCUUCUUCUUCUCCUCCUCCUCCUCCUUCUUCUUCUUCUGCCUUCUUCUUCUUCUCCUCCUUCUUCUUCUUCUUCUUCUUCUUCUUCACAUCCUCUUCCUCCAUUUCUAUUAA